CGAGCGGAAUGAUCGAAAUUUUGCCCGUUUGCCGUCUAGUAGAAUCAAUGGCGGUCGGUGUAGUUGGGAGGUAGCGGCUAGGAUCGCUACCUAGUUACAAAAUAUAAUUAUUAUAUAUUAUUAUUUUUUUUUGUUAAAAAUUUAGUGAUAAGUGUAAGGCCGCAAUGGGUAACUGUUUUAGUCGUUCGGCCAACAAGAACGUGAAAAAGAGUGAUACACUCCCUCCGACCGAAAGGCCGACUGACAAUGGUCCUUCUACUGUCGUCGUUUCUGUUCAGCCGACGACAGUGGAUCCGAUAUCAAUCGUCCAGCAUCCGGAUCAAAGAAGCAAUAGCAAUUUGCCUCCUGUUCCUUCGGAUGGCGAAAGUGGAUCGGGUUCGAGUUCGAAGGUAUUCGUCGCUCUAUACGAUUACGAUGCACGAACGGACGAAGACCUGAGUUUCAAGAAGGGCGAACACCUCGAGAUAUUGAACGACACCCAGGGAGAUUGGUGGUUCGCUAAGUCAAAAACAACGAAACAAGAAGGUUACAUCCCGUCCAACUAUGUGGCUAAACUCAAAUCUAUCGAAGCUGAACCAUGGUAUUUUGGAAAAAUUAAAAGGAUAGAAGCUGAGAAAAAGCUUCUUUUGCCUGAAAAUGAACAUGGUGCUUUCUUAAUUCGAGAUAGUGAAAGCAGACGAAAUGAUUACUCAUUAUCUGUGCGAGAUGGAGAUACUGUUAAACAUUACCGCAUUCGACAGUUAGAUGAAGGAGGUUUCUUUAUAGCACGAAGAACAACAUUUAGAACAUUACAAGAAUUAGUAGAACACUAUAGUAAAAAUGCUGAUGGACUGUGUGUUAAUCUUCGUAAACCUUGCAUACAGAUUGAAAAACCAACUACCAGUGGAUUGUCUCAUAACACACGUGAUCAAUGGGAAAUUGACAGAAAUUCUCUUAAGUUUGUUCGUAAAUUGGGACAAGGACAGUUUGGUGAAGUUUGGGAAGGUUUAUGGAACAAUACAACACCUGUAGCUAUCAAGACACUCAAAACAGGUACAAUGGAUCCUAAGGACUUUUUAGCUGAAGCACAAAUUAUGAAAAAAUUGAGACAUUCCAAAUUGGUUCAAUUAUAUGCUGUAUGCACAUUAGAAGAACCUAUAUACAUAAUAACUGAACUAAUGAAAAAUGGCAGUCUGUUGGAGUAUUUACAAGGCAGGGGUCGUUCUUUAAAAUUAGCUCAGCUGAUCGACAUGUCAGCUCAGAUUGCAGCAGGAAUGGCUUACCUUGAAUCACAGAACUACAUUCAUAGAGAUUUAGCUGCAAGAAAUAUUCUUGUUGGAGAUAAUAAUAUUGUUAAAAUUGCUGACUUUGGAUUAGCUAGACUUAUUAAGGAAGAUGAAUAUGAGGCUAGAGUUGGUGCUCGCUUCCCAAUCAAAUGGACUGCACCAGAAGCUGCAAAUUACAGUAAAUUUUCUAUAAAAUCUGAUGUAUGGUCAUUUGGUAUCCUCCUAACAGAACUUGUCACAUAUGGCAGAAUACCAUAUCCAGGAAUGACAAAUGCUGAAGUUCUUCAUCAAGUAGAACAUGGAUAUCGAAUGCCAUGUCCACCAGGUUGUCCACCUGCUCUGUACGAGAUCAUGCUGGAAUGCUGGCAUAAAGAUCCCAUGAAGAGGCCAACAUUUGAAACUCUGCAAUGGAAAUUGGAAGACUUUUUUACCUUAGAAGGAUCUGAAUAUAAAGAAGCAUCAAUUGCAUAUUAAUAAUUAAUUUCAGAUAAUGUUAAAUAUAAAAAAAAAACAAGAUGUUUAUCAGUGUAUGAAUUUGGUACGUGAAAAUCAAACAUUUAAUGUCACAAAUACGAAUGCUCAAUUUGUUCUUCUGAAGUCGAAGAUUUUGUUUAUUCACUUCUGUAUUUUUUGAAUCUAGUAAUUGUGUGUUUUUUUUUUUUGAAAUU